AUGUGCCGUUAUCGUAGGUUUUAUGGGGCAUCAUCUUGCAAUGUGGCUGCAGUCGGGUUGCUGUCUCGUCUAGGAGUUUUGAGGAUGCUGGGUGAAAUUAUAUCCGUUUUGGUCAUGUCCGAAAAGAUAUUGGGGUAA